AUGGCCGCUCGCCGCCAUCGCUCCUCGACGGCUGCCUCGAGGGCACCGCCCAUGAACAACCAGAUAGCCGAGCUGCGUAGCCUCGCCGACGAGCUCAUCCGUGCCUCUGAGACGUCUCCGCCGACAGCAGAUGUCCUACAAGCCCAGAGCAACGCCCUCCGCCGCAUGCGCCAGCUGUUGAUCGACUCCCACGAGCAUACGCAGACGAAAGACGCCUUCCGUCAUGUACGCGGCUUCGAGGUUCUUCUCUUGACCCUGCGCUCUAUCUCCGGAUUCUACAAGCCUGACCAGCUCUCCCCUCCUGACCGCAUCGACUUUUUCGAAGUCAUAAAGAGCACACUAGACGUGCUCUCGGAGGCGCUCAAUGACCACUCGGGAAACAGACGUUUCUUCGCCAAGAGGGUAGAGGACAAUGGUUGGAGCGCGUUGGAGCAGGCUUUAGGCAGUACCGGCAUAUUUGGUGGUCAGUCCAAGAGCAAGCGGGAUGAUGCGGGGCAGGAGCAGCUGUUUGGCUGCCUUUUUGCCUUUGCACUUGGCGAAGAGGCAGUAACACGCAUCUUUCGCGACAUUGAUAAGAAGGUCGAGGAGGCCCAAUCGGAGGCAAAGGAGAACCAAGCCCGGGACGAGCAGCAACAUGAAAAGAACACGACCGAGAUUAUGGUCAUGAGCCCACACUCGACACACAGCGAUGCCGAUGUGAACAUCGAUGCUCUGCGCGCACAGGUGCGAACCAUAUUCAGCGGCACUGAGGUGCUCCAGAAUUCGGAUAUUGUACCCACCAUUCUACACUUCUGGAAGGGGUUGUCUGGCCUGGACGCACCAGGGACGCGCUCGAAGCCACUGUCAGUAGCUGUCCUGCUGGCCAUACUGGAGAUCACCACCCUAUCUUCAUACAACAAAGCUGGCGUGCACGUGACCGGGGUGCUCAGCAUUAUACUCCCCUUGUUGUUCGACAAUCAAUGUGCACCGGUGGAGGCAGGGCUCUUGCGAGAGCUCGCGGACCAACUGAUCGAGUUUGGCAUCAACAAGCUAGAUGAUGCGUACUACCUUUUCCGAAAGGCAGCCACGUCAGAGCAUGCUGCAGAAUUCUUGCAUCAGGGAAUGCGCAUAUCUCGCGGUGCGCCGUUCAUCCAGUUCGACCUCUCAUUACACGGUUUUAGCGCUAUUGAGCUCCCGGACAUGGGCCGCUCCUUUCCACCCAUUUCCCCCGGCGGCGGCUACACUUUCGCAACCUGGGUCAGGGUGGACAAAUUUGAUCCCAAUUGCCACACCACAAUUUUCGGCGCAUACGAUGAUACGCAGACUUGUUUCCUCAUGGCUUACUUAGAGAAAGAUACCCGUUGUUUUAUCUUGCAAACCUAUAUGGGUCACUCAGCUGGCAUAACUCCUAGUGUUCGCUUCAAAAAGGCACCACUGUUUCAAGAAGGCCGAUGGUACCACAUCGCGGUUGUUCAUCGACGACCCAAGGCGUUGAGCCUAGGUGCCCAUCAGGCAUAUCUAUUCGUAGACGGUGAAUUCACCGAGACCAUGAAGGCCCACUACCCAUCACAUCCGCCCGUAUUGGAAAGUAGCCAAGAAAGUUUCGCGUCUUUGUCUUCUAGCCGUGGUCAGCAUCGCGUGCUUGCUUUCUUGGGCACGCCACGAAACCUGGCCCCUCGACUUGGGCGCAAUGUGUUGACGUCGAGGUUGUCGAUGGCUUCAUUCCAUCUCAUUGCCGAGCCAUUGUCAGACGAACUCAUUGCUGUAUAUCACAAGCUUGGCCCGCGGUAUUGCGGCAAUUUUCAAGACAAGCUUGGUUCUUUUCAGACUUACCGUACUUCUGCAGAACUUCAUGUGCUCAACGAGAUCUUGCAUCCUGGGAAAGAGGAGCGCUCCGAAAUUGUAUCCGCAAUACGCUCUAGUGCGGGGCUUCUGAUACCUGAAUCUAAGAUGUUGCUCAGCUUUUCACCAAGCUCUGUAAUGGACGACGAUGAUCGGAACGCCAUUGAUGAAUCGCAGUUAAUUCGAUCAUUAUCGAGAGACUCGGCAAAAGCGCUUCAUCGAUACACAAGGAUGCACGGUACGCCCAUCAUUAUCAACGCUGCGGUGCCAUCAGUGAACGACGCUUUGUCGCAAGUGCGCGGGUUUGGUAGACUAUCCGGCGAUGCCGUGGUCGUCGUGCCUCAAGCACUCGACGAUGCCAUUUGGAGGAUAGGCGGCUGUUCGGCGGUUGGUCUAAAGCUGGUACAAUCCGCUCAAAGUCUGGGAUCGGUGUUGCGUGCAGUUCAAAUCCUCCUCGAAGCUGUGGAAGGCAACUGGCGCAACUGUGAGGCCAUGGAACAAAACAACGGCUUUGCUGUGCUCGCUGAAGUCCUCCGCCAGAAGGUUGGACAUGCUUUGACCGGAUAUAGCUUGCGUUCUUCUUCGGCUAUUGAUGUAAGCACUGAUGACCGUGAAGCUUUCCUUUUCCGACUGCUUCGGGUCAUCUUGAAAUUUGUGGGGUACGAUGAGCUGCACCCUGAGGAAUCACUGAUCAUAAACCCGUUGGCUUACCGCGUCCUUCUCGUUGAUCUGGAGAUAUGGCGCCAGUCUAUGUCUCUGGAUACGCAAAAGCUUUAUUACAAGCAAUUUGUCGACUUUGCCAGAGGUAGCAAACACCACCACUAUAACGCAAAGCGAUUUCAGCGCAUCAGGGUGGUCAAACGGUUGACCGAUGCUCUCAAGGGGGAACCGUUCACUCCGGAAAUAUUCCCACUUUUCCUCGAUGCCUUCAAGGUGCUACUACAAGCGAAUUUCAAUGGCGAAUCAUCCCGGUCACUGUCACUGUUCGUCACAUACGCUCUACAUGAUAGCCGUGCUUCAUACGUAAAGCGACCACUGCGGCCGAAAGCCAGCACCCGCCGUCUCCGGAAAGGGACACCACCUACACUAACACCUGGGACUACGCCACGCUCCGCCAGCCCCGGUCAAGACCCUAGAUCGCCUGCUGGUUUACCUCUUGCCGAACUGGGUGUUGCAGUUCUUGGAAUGCUCGCCGAACUUCUGUGUGACCCAUCAAAUCUGAACGAGAUCGUACGAUUCGCGAAGAACGUCACAGGCAAGUGGCUAUUGUACCUUCUUGCAGAAUCGGACCAUCGUGUUGUCGUACUUGCUGCCAAGAUUCUGGCACGUCUUCUCGUCGCUAAUGGGCCUCACUACGUUAAGAAAUUUGGGGAGAAGACCGGUGGCUUCACCAUUCUGAAGAACAGGUUCAGACAAUGGUGGAACACACCUGGUAUCUGGACAAUAUGCUUCGCGCUCUUGUUCGGUGUAGACGUCGCGAAGAUUGAUUUUGAACGCGAUUUUGAUGUCCACAAUCUAGUAGAGAUCUUCAUUACGAAGCCGCAAAAGUCGAAAGUCGAAAUCCUUUACCCGGCCGUGUUUGCGGUAAUCACUGCCAUGCUCGAUACUGGUCUGCGCGCUAUUGUUCGAGAUCCUGGGAAAACAGAAGACGAACCGUCGAAGAGCCAUAAUGGCGAAGCUACUGUAAUUAGAGGACGCCGACGUACCAUGUCACUCAAUGCGAAGCAACCAACCAUAGAUACGAAAGUACCACAGUCACAACGAUUGAACGAUUACGCUGGUGUUCUAAAUUCAGCGAUCCAGUUCUUGUCUGAAUUGCACUCGCGGUCUGAGGCGUUCCGCGACUUCACUUGCUCUUCUAAUUACAUUCAAGAGCUCCUGUUUGUACUUUAUCCGGUUAUCGUCUCCUCUGAUUGCGUGAGCGCUGAGACAGAGCUACUCUCGCGUGGCUCUGCGUUAACAUUUGAAGGCCAGGAUGUUGUCAUACAACCUCUAUCUAAAGCCAACGGCUCUCAGGCACCGGUUGUACGGACCACCACAGUAAACUCAUCACCGUCGCCUUCGCCCCAGCGCGUUGUUCCACUUCGAAGAGCUUCCUCGUUCGUCCUUGUCUCCGCUGAUAAGGCAAAGAAGGAUCCGCAAGUUACUAGGCUCGAAACAAUCCUGUCCCCCAGACAGAAUGGGCCCGUCGCCAUGAGGAUAGGAAGCUCGGUUGUAGAGGCGGUUCUUGAAGUCGUGCUACUUGUAUACCAUGAUCAACUCUUCAAUCGCAAAGAGUUCCCUGGGCUCGCCUUAUUCAUGAGGACACCCCCUGGCUUCCAAGAACAUCAAGCGUACUUCGAAUCCUACGUCAUGCGACAGACCAUCUCUUCCGUUACCAGCGCUCUGCAGCUGAGCCAGACACUGCUCCACGAGCCGCGGGUGCUUAGCAAUCUCUCGCGCUUAGUUACUCAUCUCUCUGAGGCCGUCUUUGAAGGUUGGUUUCUCGGUGGCGCGGAACCCUUGCUCGACUUCAUUGGCUUCCUUCUAGAAUAUCUGGAGCGGCCCGAUAUUGCCAAGAUCAAAACGGUCCAGCUGUGUGUGAAGCCAAUCAAGACGAUCCGCGAGAGAUUUCUCAGAGUCAUUCUACUUCGCCUAGCUGAGCCCGACAGCUCCGAGGAAGACUCUGCCGCUUCACGUCCCAUAUUGAAAGUUGUCUACUGGCAGCCAAUCAUCCUGUCGUCUGAGAACUCGGAAUUAUUCCAUCUACGGCCUAUGUGCUAUCUGUUGUAUACGAAGCUCUCAUCGCCUCAUGAAGACGUUCGCUUAGCGGCGGUCAACUUCUGGCGCCUUUUCUUUGUGCAAAAACCGACGGAUGCGAUGGCAAUAUUAAGCCAAACGAUACCACCAGAAAAGCGAAAACUUUACGACGGUUUCCAAAAGCUCACAGAGUUAGACAAUGAGUCUUUUUUAACUUGGUUCGAAAAGCACCAGACGGACCUCGAUCGGUACUUUUACGGAGCUAUGACCAGAGCUUGGGAAGACUACGCGAAUGACCAGAACAAGAAAACCGAGAGUACCUCCCAAGAAAGGAUCGCGAAGCGAAGAGACAAGCUGAAGCAGUGGCACCACGAGGAACUCACUAGCGAGCAUGUUUGGAGCCAGCAUGAGAGCACCCUGAACCAUUGGCGGUCAAAUAUCCACGCUUCAGAGCGCACUAAGCACCAGCGCGAUCUGCAAGACCAACAAGAGAAUGCCACCUUCCUGGCUACCGUCAUGUCUAAAUUAGAUAAACAACUUAGGGGGCCCUGCGCGCUCUUCGAAGACAGUCCUGCCCCCAAGUGGCGGUUAGACGAGACCGAGGGUCGUGACCGAAAACGCUUGCGCAUCAUCAUCGACAGUACAGGUCGAGUACAAACUUACCAGCCGAAGAGAAAAGAUACAGAUCCGAACUACAGGGGCAAGCUGCGACUGGACACCACUGUUCCAUCUGUCUCGGUUGGCGUUACGCCCAUCGCAAGCACCAGCACUAGGCCUUCAAUAUCCAUGACUGCGCCGGAUGGAUUGCAAGAUGAAGCAGGCUCCGACAGCGAAGACGAUUUCGAGAUGGUAGAGGCGCUACUUGAGGAUGAUGAUGGGUUCGAAGACAAGAAUCGCAAAGUCAUGCGAAGUCUCAACCGUGGAGAUCAAGUGCAGUAUGUCUGCAACAUAUCGCGCGUGGUGGGUUUGGAAGCAAUUGAAGGCCUCUUGAUAGUGGGGAAAGACUGUCUCUAUCUUCUCGACGAUUUCUUCCAACGAGCUGAUGGUGAAAUUGUUCGGGUCUGGCAAGCACCCACAGAUGAGAGAGAUCCGUAUGUUCAAGUAAUAGCCGGUAAGGAAGCCGUAACUCGUCGGCCGCCACCGAGGACUCACGAUGAGACAACGCGACACUGGAAGUGGAGCGAAGUCAUCAGUAUCUCGAAGCGACGCUUCCUCCACAGAGACGUUGCAAUCGAACGCGCACCACAUGUCGCCAAGCCGGACUUGCUCGUCAAUCCCGAGCUCUCUUGGCGCCUCGACUCAUUACGGAAUCCCGAGGAGGCACCGCAAACUCUGAGCUCACGCUGGGCAUCCGCUUUCGGCUCUGUAUCGUCCCAUCCAGUCACGAGAAGAUGGAUGAAAGGCGAACUUUCGAACUACCACUACCUUAUGUUCGUAAACACGCUAGCUGGCAGGACAUUCAACGAUCUCACGCAGUACCCUGUCUUCCCGUGGAUCAUCUCAAAUUACACAGAUGCUGAGCUGGACUUGACAAAUCCGAAGAACUUUCGAGACUUGUCGAAACCUAUUGGCAUUCAAAAUCCCCUACAAGAAGAUUUCGUCCGUCAAAAGUACGUCGCGAUGCUGGAGAUGGACGACACCGAGAAUGCAGCCCACUACUUGACCCACUACUCCUCGGCCAUGAUGGUAGCUUCAUACCUCAUACGACUUCAGCCAUUCAUGGCUGCAUUCUCACUCAUCCAAGGUGGCCUGGAUCACGCAGACCGUAUGUUUUAUUCGAUUCAAAGUGCAUGGGACUCGGCAACAGGGUCCAAUAUGACGGAUGUAAGAGAAUUGACACCAGAGUUCUUCUUUCUCCCUGAGUUCCUCACCAAUGUCAACAAUUACGACUUCGGUUUGCGAGCCGGUGGAGAGAGUAUCGAUAACGUCGCACUGCCCCCAUGGGCCAAGGGCGAUCCUGCUAUCUUCAUUGAGAAGCAGCGUGAAGCUUUAGAGAGUCCGUUUGUGAGUAAGAACCUUCAUCACUGGAUUGACCUCAUCUUCGGGUACAAGCAACGCGGCGAAGCAGCAGUCGAAGCAGCCAAUGUCUACGAGAGGACGACUUAUCAAGGGGCCAUCGAUUUCGACUCUAUCACAGACGACAAACUACGCGAGCUACAUAUUAGCCGCCUGAACAACUUUGGACAGACGCCGGUGCAAGUUUUCCAGCGACCACACCCUCAGAAGGAAGAUCUCAACCCUAAGCUGCAGAAAUUAGACACUGCUGCUGAGAGCCUCCACCGCCUACCGGGAACCCUCCUUGAAUCCAACGAUCGCGUGUCAUCGCUCGCCUACAUAACCAAGCACGACAAGCUCCUAUGUUCGGCGCCUUUCAGGCAGAACAUUCCACCCCUGUAUGAUCGCUACAUGGAAUGGGGUUUCACUGACGGCAGCGUGCGAUUCUACGACUCGAACUCAAAGAAGAUGGUGGGCAUCUUUGAACACCUUCAUUCUGGCCAGCUCACAGCGUCGUUCUUCGUUGAUGGAAGGACAUUGAUCACAGCUGGAACUGAUUGCACGAUAGCGAUCUGGAAGGUUCACAAGACAGAAAGAGGCACGGUUGAACUCCAAUGGACUACUACGCUGUUCGGUCACAAGCGCCCGGUCGUCACUCUUGCGGCGUCACGUGCGUUGUCCGCCUUCCUGUCUGCCUCCUCAGAUGGCCGUGUAUUCCUCUGGGAUCUCAAUAGGUUUGAGUUUGUGCGUGAACUUGACCUUGGACCAGCACAAAAACGGGAUCCGGUCUCGAUACAAGCUGCGAAGAUCAACAACGUUACAGGGCACAUGACGUUGGCUUGCGGGCCGCGGCUCAUCGUCACUACUCUCAAUGGGGAAAAGUUGCUGGACCAAGAUAUCAGCGAUGGCGAAGACGACUUCGAUGGUAUCACCGCCCUCGCCCUUUACGAAGGCGUAGGCAACGAGUGGUGCGAGCGUGAACUGAUCUUCACUGGGCACCGCAGAGGCGUUGUCAAGAUCUUCCACCUCAUCCCAGCGCCCUCCUCCACAAACACGCCAUGGGCCCUCACCCUCAUUAAACAGCUCAACCACGGCGAUGCGUCCCGCGAGGACGGCGCAAACCAUCUAGCACCCAUUACGUGCAUCCUCCCCAUGCCACACAAUGUGUAUACGGGCGACGAGGAAGGCAGAGUGGUACGUUCUUCUUUCUUUGAUCUCAAGGAGUGGUGUAGUCGAGAGCAGGGUUACCCGGGGCAGGUGGAGUGGAAGGCAGGAGAGAAGACGAGCGCAGAGUGGGGCGGCACGCAGCUCGAGGUCAAGCGUAUGAAGAUCUUCUGA